AUGACGAAGCUCCAGCAACAGCAGCAGGGCACGCAGGAGGAGACCGGCGGCGGGGAUGGCGGGCCCCGCACAGUCACGGUGGUGUCGAAGUCGUCGGAGCAUCCGCCGCCGCGGCAGCUCAGUCUGUCGUUCCGCGGUGAGAGCUUCCGUGAGGAGGGCGCCGCCGCCGCAACCGUCGGAGAGCUCUUUACCCCGCCCCUCAACUUCGCGAUGGUGGAUUACGGCGUUUUCCGGUCUGGCUUCCCGGAUUCCGACAACUUUCGGUUUCUUGAAACCCUCAAUCUCCGGUCCAUCAUAUACUUGUGUCCGGAGCCAUACCCGGAUGCUAACGUUGAGUUUCUCGAAUCAAAUGGGAUUCGGUUGUUCCAAUUUGGGAUCGAGGGAUAUAAGGAACCGUUUGUAAACAUACCAGAGGAUAAAAUACGGGAAGCGCUGAAAAUCACCAUUGAUGCCAAGAACCGCCCUUUGCUGAUUCACUGCAAACGAGGCAAGCACCGUACGGGCUGCCUUGUCGGGUGCCUGAGGAAACUUCAGAAUUGGUGUUUGACUUCCGUUUGUGACGAAUACCAGCGAUUUGCAGCGGCCAAAGCAAGAAUUGCUGACCAGAGGUUUAUCGAGCUGUUUGAUGUCUCGUUUUUCAAGAGUUCGCCUGAGUCUUUUUCUGUUUUGAAGAGUUAUUAUUAUCUUUAG